AUGACUCUUAAGAGGAUUAUUAAGCCCAGUUUCCUGGACAGGAUGUCGAAAGCCAUCAGGAGAGGCUUUCUGAAGAACGAGAGAGACAAUGCAUUGCUGUCAGCCAUCGAGGAAUCACGCCGCAGGACAUUUCUGCUGGCGGAGGAGUACCACAGAGACUCUAUGUUGGUGCAGUGGGAGCAGGUGAAGCAGAGAGUGUUGCAUACCCUGCUGGGAGCUGGAGAGGAUGCACUGGACUUCAGCCAGGAAGUGGAGCCCAGUUUGUGUGAGCGAGGGUCGGAGUUCCAGGACGCAGUGCACUGGACCGUUAUGGAAGCUGCCUACAGCCGACAGAUCUAUAUCUUCAAUGAGAAGAUAGUAAAUGGGGCAUCUUCAGCCAACCUGGGAAAUCUCUGUGCCUCAGUAGCUGAAAGCCUGGAUGAUAAGAAUGUGUCAGACACGUGGCUCAUGGUGAAGCAGAUGACAGACGUUCUGUUGGUGCCGGCAAAGGACACACUGAAGAGUCGAGUGUCUGUAGACAUGCAGAUGGCCUUCGUCAGACAAGCCCUGCAAUUCCUGGAGAACAGCUAUAAAAAUUACACUAUGGUCACUGUAUUUGGGAAUCUGCACCAGGCUCAGUUGGGUGGAGUACCCGGCACUUAUCAGCUUGUAUGCAGCUUACUGAACAUCAAGCUGCCGACCCCGCUGCCAGGCAUGCAGGACGGCGAGGUGGAGGGACAUCCAGUGUGGGCUCUGAUCUAUUUCUGCCUGCGUUGUGGAGACCUGUCUGCCACCAUGCAGGUGGUGAACAGGGCACAGCAUCAGCUGGGUGACUUUAAGAUCUGGUUUCAGGAGUACAUGAACAGCCCUGACCGACGUGCCGACCCCUACAAGCGUGCAGUCUACUGCCUUAUUGGAAAAGGCGACAUCGGCGACAAUCAUGGAGAGGUGGCCGAUAAGACAGAAGACUACCUGUGGCUCAAGCUGAAUCAAGUGUGUUUUGAUGAGGACGGGAGCAGUUCCCCUCAGGACAGAAUGACUCUAGCCCAACUUCAGAAACAGCUGCUGGAGGACUAUGGUGAGUCCCAUUUCUCGGCCAGCCACCAGCCAUUCCUGUACUUCCAGGUGCUUUUCCUGACUGCACAGUUUGAGGCGGCCAUAGCAUUCCUUUUCCGAGUGGAGCGUCUGCGCAGCCAUGCCGUUCAUGUAGCUCUUGUGCUGUAUGAACUCAAACUGCUGCUCAAAUCAUCAGGCCAGAGUGCACAACUCUUGAGUCAGGAGGCUGGAGAUCCUCCAAUGGUGCGAAGGCUCAACUUCAUCAGGCUGCUUAUGCUCUACACUCGCAAGUUUGAGUCCACAGACCCACGAGAGGCCCUGCAGUACUUCUACUUCCUCCGGAAUGAAAAGGACAGUCAAGGAGAAAACAUGUUCAUGCGCUGUGUCAGCGAGCUAGUCAUCGAGAGUCGGGAGUUCGAUAUGCUUCUUGGAAGACUCGAAAAAGAUGGAAGCAGAAAGCCCGGCGUAAUUGACAAGUUUGCCGGAGACACGCGGGCCAUCAUUACCAAGGUGGCAUCGGAGGCUGAGAACAAAGGGCUGUUUGAGGAGGCCGUCAAAUUGUACGAGUUAGCCAAGAACGCUGAUAAGGUUCUGGAGCUGAUGAACAAAUUGUUGAGUCCAGUUAUCGCUCAAGUCAGCGAGCCCCAGUCCAACAAAGAGCGACUCAAAAACAUGGCAGUGGCUAUUGCUGAACGUUACCGUACUAAUGGUAUAGCUGGGGAGAAGACUGUGGACAGCACCUUCUACCUGCUUCUGGAUCUCAUGACGUUCUUUGAUGAAUACCACGCCGGCCACAUAGACCGAGCCUACGAUGUGAUUGAGAGGCUAAAGCUGGUUCCCUUAAGUCAGGAGAGUGUUGAGGAACGGGUUGCGGCCUUCAGAAACUUCAGCGACGAGAUAAGACAUAAUUUGUCAGAGGUUCUUCUGGCCACAAUGAAUAUCCUGUUCACACAGUACAAGCGUCUUAAAGGGGCUGCAGCAGGUACGCCAGGAAGACCUCAGCGUACCCUAGAGGACAGAGACAUGCAUCAGUACAUCACAUGUGUCAAAUGGAAACUCUGUUUUGUUUGGAACCUGGAGAAGACCUGGAAGGAAAAGAUUCAUCUUGACACCUCAUGGACUGGUGUGAGAGGUGUGUGUGCUGCAGCUGGUGUUGUGAAUCAGGCCGAUGUCACACGUCCGCGAUAA